ACUGCAAUUUUAAAGCUGCAUCUCCCUUAUCCUCAUCACCGCGUCGCCUGGUUGGCAGCUCAUACCACCAUUCUUCCCACAGCGUCCAUCUAGACGCCGUCGUCGUAUUAGCCAUGCUCCGAGCUGCCAAAUCCAUCUCAAAGCACCGCUUUGUCGACGCGAUUGUCGUCGGCGGCGGGCCAUGCGGUCUGGCCGUCGUGGGCAACAUCUUGGAGCAGAAACCCAAGGGAAAUCAGCUUUGGGUAGACCCCGUGUUUCGAGGCGGUCGUGUGGGAGAUCAUUACAGAGAAGUGCCGAGCAACACAAAGGUCGACUUGUUUAUCGGCUUCGCGACCGCCGUGGAGCCUUUCCGACAGAUCGUCUCCUUGGCGCAGAAGCCCAAUGCGAUAACGGCGCUCGAGCGCUUAAAGCAGGACGAGGGUUGUGAGCUUGGCCACGCUGCCGAUAUGUGUUUGAUGCUCACAGAUGGCGUUGCUCGUCAUUUCGAUAACGUGCAUCAACAUUACGGCAAAGUCACCGCCGCCACUUUUGAUGAGAACACCAAGCUCUGGACAGCUGUCUUAGAUGGCAAAGACCACGUCGAGACACCGAAGCUUGUGCUGUGCACUGGCUCCAGCCCAAUUGAAAACCCGCUCCCCAUCAUUGAGAAGCUUCCAGGGACCUUGGAGGUGGUGCAUCUAGACAUUGGACUCACACCGUCAGAGCUCGCCAAGACAAUCAAGUCAGACGCCACAGUUGCAGUUGUCGGUGCCUCGCAUUCUGCCAUCUUGGUGUUGAUGAAUCUAUACAACAUGGCUGCAAGCAGCCAUCCCCAGCUCCGUAUCAAGUGGUUCACCCGACACAAGGACUUGUCUUACGCCGAGUAUAUGGACGGCUGGAUCUUACGUGACAACACAGGCCUCAAGGGCCAGGCCGCUCAGUGGGCACGCGAAAACCUCGAGGGUGACGCUUUUGCGACCAGCCCUGUCAGCAAGGUCAUGACAAAAUUAUGGACGCCCCGCGGCGAAGAAGACCAGAUCUAUCGUGCAGAGCUUCCCAGCUGUACACACAUCAUCCAGGCCAUCGGGUACAAGCGAGAUGCCCUCCCCGACUUGACUGUGGCUGAAUCAGUCGAUGCAAAGCCCGAACCGUUGGCAAUUCAGCACGACGAUCUUACUGGCCGCUUCUUCUCGAAAUCCCCUACCAGUUCAGGCUCGAACGGCCGACAGCACAUUCCUGGACUGUUUGGAGCCGGUAUUGCUUUCCCAGAGCGCGUGAUUGACCCGUUAGGUAAUGUCGAACACGCGGUUGGCUUCUGGAAAUUCAUGAGGUUCCUCAGAAAGUCAGUCCCUCAAUGGGUUGACCCAUCUAAAACGGCAUAGAUUCGUUAGAUAGACUUUGGCGUUGCAGGUUAUGUUCUAGAGGUAAUAGAAAGAUCCUAGACUAUUGAACUUCAUGUCCCCGAAUAACAAGAAGCCUGAUCCACGAAUGGA